GUGUCCGCCUGCUGCACACUCCGCGGCGCUGGCAGGUUCCGCGCGCAGAGGCUGCUGCUCCGAUCCUGCCCCCCCGUGCUCAGUCCAGCUCGAGCCCUGGGAAGAGCCGCCGCUGCCGCCACCUCCUCCAUGGCGCCCAGUGUUCAGUUCUCGCCCGCCCAGCGCAGCUUGUUCGACGAGCCGCUGGCUGUCACGGUGCAGGGGCUGUGCCCGCAGCAGGAGGUCACGCUCCGGCUGUCUCUGAAGGACGAGGGGGGCGAGCUUUUCCAGUCUUCUGCCCGCUAUAAGGCAGAGAGCAGUGGGCUGCUGGACCUCACCCGCUCCCCAGCGCUGCCGGGAGGCAGCUUCUCCGGCCUGGAGCCCAUGGGGCUGCUCUGGUCCCUGCAGCCCCAGAAACCCUUCCGGCGGCUGGUGAAGCGGGAUGUGCAGAGCCCCUUCUGCCUGGAGCUGGAGGUGUUCGAGGGCCACGGGCCUCUCCCCAGCCGGCUGCUGGCCAGGGGUGCCCACGAGCGGGGCUUCCUGCGGGACGGAGUGAGGAGGAUCCCGGUGCGCGAGGGGAGGAUCCGGGCCACACUCUUCCUGCCUCCUGGAGAUAGCCCUUUUCCUGGAAUCAUUGACUUAUAUGGUACUGGAGGGGGGCUCCCUGAAUAUAGGGCAAGCCUGCUGGCUAAUCAUGGCUUUGCCACACUGGCUCUGGCUUACUAUGGUUAUGAAGAUCUCCCCAGAGAUAUGAAGGAAUUCCAUUUAGAGUAUUUUGAGGAAGCUGUGAACUACAUGCUGCAGCACUCACAGGUUAAAGGUCCUGGAAUUGGGCUACUUGGAAUCUCCAAAGGUGGUGACCUAUGUAUCUCAAUGGCUUCCUUUUUAAAAGGCAUUACUGCCACUGUCACCAUCAAUGGCUCUGUGGCCAAUGUGGGUGCAGUGCUACGUUACAAAGAUAUCAGCAUUCCACCUCUUGGCUUCGAUCGGAAGCGCAUCAAAAUUGAUAAGUCUGGGAUUGCAGAUAUUGUGGAUGUCUUAAAUAACCCACUAGAGGGGGAUGACCGUCAAACCUUUAUCCCACUGGAAAAUGCUGAGGGACACUUCCUGUUCAUUGUUGGCAAGGAUGAUCAUAACUGGAAGAGCGAAUUCUUUGCCACUGAAGCCUCCCAUCGUUUGCAGGCUCAUGGGAAGGAAAAGCCUGAGAUAAUCUGUUACCCUGGAGCAGGGCAUUAUAUCGAACCCCCUUUUUCUCCAAUGUGCUCAGCCUCAAUGCACCUGUUGAUUGGCAGCCCUGUGAUCUGGGGAGGUGAGCCCAAAGCUCAUUCUGUGGCACAAGUGGAUGCUUGGCAGAAAAUCCAAGCCUUCUUCCACAAAUACCUUAAUGGUAAAGAAUGUGUAGCACCCAAGCUGUGACACACCUGGCUAUAAGGUGCAUUUUACAGGUAAAGUUAUUACUGGCUGUUAAAAUUUACUUGGGUAAAAGAAUCUUUCAGUGAACAUGAAGGGGAAUUUGAGUGAAUACAUCUUUAAGAUGAAUAUGUUUUUAUCCUCUCUCCCUUCCCAUGUUGCUGCAGGAGAAUAAGGGAUCUGAGCAGGGGAGGGGGUUCUGUUUUUUUCAGCCCAUGGGAUGUGGUCCACUUGCAAGUCACACUCCACCAGUUGAAGAUUACUGCACAGUAGUUAACUUCCAGCCUCCGGUGUGGGGAUUUAGACAUUUCAUAUGAUUCUCAUUUUAGUCUCAUGGCUUGGAUUAUCAGAAACAGAAUUCAAAUAUUGUUUUUAGUCUGUUGCUUCUGAAUUACAUUCUCUUAAACUGUUUAUUGAUUUGAUAAAUUUCACAAUCCAGUGCCUUGCAAAUCCAAGCCAAAUUCUAAGACCAACUCAGUGUUUUAUGGAGAUUGUUUUUCCAUUAUCAUUAAAAUUAAAUAAAUACAUGUUUGAUGUUU